CGCGUGUCGUUGUUGACAAAAUGGCACUGCUCUCAAUCAAAUAUUCUCGUGGCAACUUGGACAUCUUAGAUCAGUUAUUGUUGCCCACGCAAUCCAAAUAUAUUCCAGUCACCAACUCCGAGGAUGGUUGGAAUGUCAUCAAGAAAAUGCAGGUCCGAGGUGCACCUGCUAUAGCAAUAGUUGGCUGUCUGAGUCUGGCCGUGGAACUGGCAGAAGAUGGGGAACACAGCACAGUCGGUGACUUGGCUCACUUCAUCUGUGACCGUCUGCAGUAUCUGGUGACAGCUCGCCCCACAGGUGUCAACAUGGGGGAGGCUUCAAAGAGGCUGACCAGCCUCGUGAAGGACAUGGCAGCGGAGUCUGGACAAACAGUGGACACUCUGAGAGAAAGGUUUAUCAAAGAAUGUGAGGAUAUGCUGGAGAAAGACAUUGCUGUAAACAAGAAUAUUGGAAAAUAUGGUGCUGACCACUUGCUGACAGUGUCCAAGAAUCAACCGGUGAAAGUCCUCACCCACUGCAACACUGGCUCCCUGGCUACUGGAGGCUAUGGAACAGCGCUGGGUGUAGUAAGAGCCCUUCAUGAGAGAGAGAAGAUGUCACAUGCAUACUGCACUGAAACCAGACCCUACAACCAGGGUUCAAGGCUAACUGCAUAUGAGUUAGUCCACGACAAGAUUCCUGCAACUCUAAUCUGUGACAGCAUGGCAGCUUUACUCUUGGAGCAACAGGAUAUUUCAGCCAUUGUUGUUGGUGCAGACAGAGUUGUUGCCAAUGGUGACACUGCCAACAAAAUAGGGACAUAUCAACUGGCUUUAGUGGCCAAGCAUCACAACGUGCCAUUCUAUGUUGCUUGUCCUUCAACAAGCUUUGACCCGACCUUAGCCUCAGGGAAGGAGAUUAAGAUAGAGGAACGAGCCAGCGAGGAGAUGACUAGUGUGAAGGGAGUCCGAGUUGCAGCUCUUGGAAUUAACUGCUGGAACCCAGGGUUCGACAUCACCCCUGCCAGCCUCAUCACUGGGGGCGUCAUCACCGAGUUUGGGGUGUUUUCAACAGGUGACCUCAAGGCACGACUCGCAGACUGCUUGAAGAUGGAUAGUUGAUUGACAGAGAACUGAAUUAAUUUUAAUAAUUCUAGAGCAGUAUUCAAGAAUAUAUACUUUGUGUCACGGUCUUUUUGGUAUGUCUUAUCUUGGGUAACAAUUUGUUAAUUUCAUGUUCAAGGAAAACAGAAUUACUUUCUCAACUUCUGCUAUUUUGAUAAUUUGCUUUUAUGAGAAUCAUUUUCUUCUUUAUGUGUAUAAGUUAUAGAUCUGUAGCGGGGAGCGGAGGCAUCCCACAGAUGACAUCCUUAGCUUGUGAGUUUGCCGACAGGGUUACCCACUUUAGUCAUGUGGACAAGGCGUCCAAUCAGAAGGUCCAUGGUUUAAAAAUCCCACUACAGUUACACAACAGGCCAUGUUGAUUCCUGCUUUCCUGAAAACUGGAGUAGUAUUUAGAUUUAAGUCAAAAUCAUUGUGAGGAUCUGUGACUAGUAGACAUAGAUCUGUAUCGUUUUGGCUGAAGAAUCUGCACAUCUUUGACAGCUGAUUGUUGCGAUAGUCUGAUGAUUAUUUGCAAUACUUGGAGGUAGAGCAGGACAUGCUGGCCCUUUUAGUGAACACCUGGUGCCAACCUGGAGUUUCAGUGGUCCCUAGGUUCAGUUUACCCCCAAGUUUUCUUAUUUCUUACAGUGGAAUCUGUUUCAGGUAGUCGAGACAGUUUAUUCUUUGGCAUGGUAUAUUCAUGUUCAGUUAUAUAUUAUAUUUUGUCUUUUUGUAGUGGUUGAAAUAAUGAUGGUUAUGAAACCUAUUUUUAUCUGAUUCCCAAUCCCGCUUGUCUUAAGAGGCGACAAACAGGAUCAGGUGGUCAGACUCACUGAGUCAUAUCUCAACUGCAUAGAUCAAUACUCAUGCUGUGUGAUCACUGGGUUGUCUGGUCUAGACUCCUUUAUUUACAAACCACCACCAUAUACCUGGAAUAUUGCAAAAUCAAAACUGAUUCCCCAUCUUCAUACGGUCAUGGUCUUCUGUUGUGUGUGCCUCACUUUCACAUGAUGGCACUUCCAUUGUAGACUCGGUGUCGUAUGACAGUUAUACUGACAUCUUCAGUGUCAGCUUGUAAUUACAGUAUACCCUGGUUAUAAUGCCACCAUUUGUCCAGGAGAAAAUAUGGCAUUAUAUCCAGGGUGGCAUUAUAUCCAGGGUGGCAUUGUAACCAGGUAGGACAUCAUGAUCAACAGGCUUGUUGGUGGUACGGUGUUGUCUAUGCCAUCAACAAGGUGAUUCAGCUCAUGUCUCCUGUGAUGAGCCUUGAGUGACUGGAUAAUCCCAGCAUCUCGGGGGCUGCAGGUGACUGGAUAAUCCCAGCAUCUAGGGGCUGCAGGUGACUUGUUGUUGUAGGUGGCAGGAAGUGUAUUGUCGCAUGUGUUGACUACUUAAAGCAUUAAUGAGUUUGUUCAAUUAAUCUGGGUUAUGUCAAUUAACCAAUUAUGGUAUGUAUACUAGAUGCAGCUAGUGUAAUUGACAUUAUAACCAGGGGAAAAUGACGUUUGUUCCAAAAAACAUUGGCAAAUGGCAUUAUAUCCGUUUGGCAUUAUGACCAUGGUGCACUGUACUGAUUUAGGUGUUACUGAUGGUACCUGAAUCUACCUGACUAGCAGAAUGUGUGUACCUGCAUCUGUGAAUGUCUGUGUCUGGGUGUUUGCUCUUGUGUAUGUAUCGGGUUUGGUUAGGAAGGCUAAUGAUAGCAAGUGUGUUUGUGGUGUGUGUACUAUGCUCAAAGUGCCACUAUGUUAGUAGAUUUCUAAGGGUAUGUCUUAUCACGUCAUAUUCAAUGUGGGUCUAGGUGUAUACCAAUUCCCCCAUGUUAUUGACAGUUCUAAUGAUUUUGCCAGUAUGAACCUGCACUGUUAAAGUUUGUUACUGUAAUUACCUCAGUGAUAAUUACACAUGCCACUUAUUUGUGUCAAGCAUUUUAUACUGUUAAUUGUAUGCAUACAAUUUUACAUAAGAAAAUUUCAAGUUAUAUCUUGCAAGCCAUUCUUUUUGCUAUGAGCUGAAAAAGUCAAGCCAUGCCCUCUAGCCAAAUGAUUUUUAUUGGCUGAUAACAGAAUGUGUUCAAUAAGGUGCUGAUUUUGUAUUAUCAUCAGCAGAUGUUUAUAUGUUGUUUAAUAAAUAUUCAGUCUGUG